AGAAGAAAAAUACUAACGCGUGGGAAGAUUGAAUGAAGAGUUUGUGGAGGUUUGGAACUAACAGGGCCGACAUAACACAGUUCUCCUUUCUCUGAAUUUUUCGUUAGAGAAUGGGAAAGAGUAGCGGAAGAGACCGAAGACGAAGAAGAUCACAUGACUCUGAAUCCGACUCACCUUCCGAUUCCGACUCCGACAGACGCCACCGUAGCAAUAGUCGCCGGUCGCGGCGGGACUCCGAUGGCGACAGGAAGAAGAAGUCCUCGAAGUCUGAAUCCGAGUCGCCUUCCGAUUCCGACUCCGACAUACGCCACCGUAGUAGCAGCCGCCGGUCGUGGCGGGACUCCGACGGCGAUAGGAAGAAGUCCUCGAGGAGCAUCACAGAAGAGGAAAUUACAAAGUACAUGGCCAGAAAGGCCCAAUCGAAGGCAAUGAAAGUAGCGAAAAAGUUGAAAACCAGUACGGUAUCGGGCUAUUCCAACGAUUCGAAUCCGUUUGGUGACUCUAAUCUCAACGAGAAGUUUGUCUGGCGCAAGAAGAUUGAGCGCGAUGUUUCACAAGGUGUGUCUAUUGAUGCGUUUUCAAUGAAGGCAGAGAAAAAGAAACAGAGAGAAAGGAUGGCAGAAAUUGAAAAAGUAAAAAAGAGAAGAGAGGAAAGGGCACUUGAGAAAGCAAGGCACGAGGAAGAAAUGGCACUGUUAGCCAGAGAGCGUGCUCGAGCUGAGUUUCAGGACUGGGAAAAAAAAGAAGAGGAGUUUCAUUUUGAUCAAAGCAAAGUUAGGUCAGAAAUUAGAUUGCGUGAAGGGCGUGCCAGACCCAUCGAUGUCCUAACCAAGCAUCUCAAUGGCUCUGAUGAUUUGGAUAUAGAAAUAAAUGAACCAUACAUGGUCUUCAAGGGUUUGACUGUGAACGAAAUGAGUGAGCUACGUGACGACAUCAAAAUGCAUCUAGACCUUGACAGGGCAACACCUACUCAUGUAGAAUAUUGGGAGGCACUCCUUCUGGUUUGUGAUUGGGAGCUAGCUGAAGCUCAAAGAAAGGAUGCACUUGAUCGAGCUAGGGUGCGUGGAGAAGAACCUCCUGCUGAGCUGCUUGCAGAAGAAAGGGGUCUGCAUUCCAGUGUUGAGCCAGAUGUGAAGAGGCUUUUGCAGGGGAAGACACUUGCAGAGUUGGAGGCUUUACGGGUUCACAUUGAAUCAGAAAUGCGUACUGGUACAGCAAAGGUGGUUGAGUACUGGGAGGCCAUUUUAAAACAUCUCCACAUUUAUAAGGCCAAGGCUUGUUUAAAGGAAAUUCAUGCUAAAUUGCUACGUAAGCAUUUGCAAUCUCUUGAGAGACCAUUGGAGGAUGAAGAUAAAUUGGAGAAUGCUCAUGUUAUGAUACCUGAGGAGGAAGAUACUGAAGAUGAUAUUAAAGUCCAAUCUGCAGAUGAAUCAUUCUCACCAGAGCCCAUUAGAGAGGAUCAAGAAGCUGAUGAUGAGGCUGGAUCAUUUUCACCACAACUGUUGCACGGUGAUGAAAAUGCGGAAGCUAUUGACCCAGAAGAAGAUAGAGCCAUGCUGGAGCGGAAUCGUAAGGCUGUAUUAGAAGAGCAGCAAAGACGAGUUCAGGAAGCAAUGGCAUCAAAGCCAACUCCUUCUGAAGAUCAUUUUGAGAUGAAGGCCUUAAAAGCUAUGGGGGAUAUGGAAGAUGGAGACUCUGUGUUUGGAUCUGGUGCUGAAGUGAAUCUGGAUUCCCAGGUUUAUUGGUGGCAUGACAAAUACAGGCCUAGGAAGCCGAAGUAUUUCAACCGUGUUCACACUGGAUAUGAGUGGAACAAAUAUAAUCAGACUCACUAUGAUCAUGACAACCCACCUCCAAAGAUAGUCCAAGGGUACAAAUUUAAUAUUUUCUACCCUGAUCUUGUAGACAAGACAAAAGCCCCAACCUACACCAUUGAGAAGGAUGGCAGCAAUGGGGAGACUUGCAUUAUAAGAUUCCAUGCAGGGCCACCAUAUGAAGACAUAGCUUUCCGCAUUGUUAACAAAGAAUGGGAGUAUUCUCAUAAGAAAGGUUUUAAGUGUGCAUUUGAACGUGGAAUUCUGCAUGUGUACUUCAAUUUCAAACGCCACCGCUACCGAAGAUAAUUUCACACAAGGCAAUGGUUCACUUUCUGUAAAAUUUCCCCUAAUAGAAAGGCUAUGGACUGCAAUUUUUAGAGUAAAUUUUAUUUGAUGGUGUUGACACUAGAGAUAGAUGGCCAGGAAUUUUUUACAGCUUAGAUUGAGACCAAGAAGAAAUUCUAAGGUACUAUCAGAGUGAUACUCCCACCGGUUAAAGUUUGAUCUAAAUCUUGUCAUAUGAUAUUUUAAAUUUAGUUUUAAGGAGAUAGUAUGGUUAUGCUGUUCUCAUCUACUGAUUAUGUUUUUGAUGGAUUGAGUAUAGUACUCCUGUGCAUAAGAAUAUGGAUACCCAGGGUGAUUCCAAAUGCUGAGAUACUAAUUACAUGUCUUUUCUUUUUUUAGUGUACACACUAAUCUCAAUUCUGUGAAUCCUGGCUGGAUUAUCUAGACUUUCUUUUGCUAUUGGAGACUAUCAAAUUGUCCAACUGUUUCUUUAGCAAAA